CUUUUAGCUGCCUGCCACAUAUAUGAACCCCCCUAGAAUUGAUAUAGGUAUGGCCCACAUUGUAAAUCCUCCAGACUCCCGCCCUGCCAGAUAUGAUGUCCUCAUAAUAGGUGCUGGGUUUUCGGGAAUAUUUAUGUUAUAUCACCUUCGCAAACUAGGCUAUUCAUGCCGAAUCUACGAAACAGGGACUGAAUUAGGAGGGACGUGGGCAAAUAACAUCUAUCCAGGUGUCAGGGUCGAUUCGGAAAGCUGGAUUUAUCAGCUGUCUAUGCCGGAGGUUUGGGAGGAUUGGUCGUGGAGCGAAGUUUACCCCUCCGGCCAGGAGCUGCGUCGGUAUUUUGCCCAUGUCGAUAAAAAGCUCCAUAUCAAGAAGGAUGUGGACUUCCAGGCCAAGGUAGUGAAGGCACAGUUCGUCCGAGAAAAGAGCUGUUGGCGCACCGAAACGGAGGAUGGUCGAGUCACUGAAUCUCAAUUCCUCUUACCAUGUACAGGACUUACAUCGAAGAGCUACACGCCUGCUUUUCCUGGGAUAGAGAGUUUCAAGGGCGAGAUCUAUCACUCCGAAUACUGGCCAGAGGAAAGCGUCAAUAUCCAAGGGAAGAAAGUGGCAGUGAUAGGCACAGGCGCAACAGGAAUUCAGAUUAUUCAAGAGUGGGCAAAAGAAGCAGGCACUCUGACGGUUUUUCAAAGAACACCCAACCUGGCUUUGCCCAUGCGACAGCUUCAACUUCCCCAAGACCAGGAGGUCAUCAGGUCCAUGUAUCCGCACGUCUUUCGAGACCGUGGUAAGACCUUUGCGGGCUAUGUAGCAACGCAAGUACCCACACGGACAUUUGACGUUUCACCCGAGGAGCGUGAGGCUAUUUAUGAAUAUGCAUGGAAAAAGGGCGGUUUUAAUUACAUUCUUGGAACAUAUAUCGAUAACUUGACCGAUCUGCAAGCAAACCGUGCCUUGUACGACUUCUGGGCUCAAAAGACGCGUUCGAGAAUCCACGACCCCAGAAAGCGGGACCUCCUGGCACCGUUGGAUCCACCACAUCCCCUUGGAGCGAAACGAUCGGCACUGGAACUGAAUUACUACGAAGUGUUCAACCAGCCGAACGUCCACUUAGUCAAUGUGCGCGAGGAGAAAAUUGUUGAAUUCCGGCCCCACGGUAUUGUCACAAGCAGUGGAGCCUACCAUGAGCUUGACGCGGUCGCAUUGGCGACUGGGUUUGAUGGUUUGACGGGGGGCUUGACAAACUUAGGUCUUCACAGCACGGAGGGCAUAUCCCUGAAGGAAGAAUGGAAGGAUGGAGCAAAAACAUACUUGGGUUUGACGCUUAGCGGAUACCCCAAUCUGUUCUACAUGUGCGGAGUGCAUGGACCGAGCGCACUUAGCAAUGUACCCUCGACUAUUGAAGUACAGGGUCAGAUUAUCAUCGAUACAAUCCAGAGAAUGCGGGCCAAUCGACUGGCGUCUAUCGAGGCUACACCAGAGGCAGCAGACUCAUGGACCAAAUGGGCGGAUGAAAUCGCUAACGCGACACUGUUUACUCGGGCGGACUCUUGGUAUAUGGGCGCCAAUAUACCAGGGAAGAAGCGGCAGAUGCUUAAUUUUUGUGGUGGGAUACCGGCAUACAAACAGGCUUGUACCGAGACUCUGGAGAAUUGGAAGGGGUUCAAGACUGUACAGAUGGCGAAUCUUUGAGGAAAUUUGGGAAGACUUCAUGCGGAUUUUUUGGGCAAGUGAACGUGAGAUCAACUGUCCUCCGCGAGUCAGCCCAGGCUGUCAACCCUUCUCCAAACGCAAUGAAAGCACGAGCGGCAGAGAUUGGUCUCCCUAGAAAAUACAGGGAAUCUAGCCUUGCCCUUGUUGGGAAACGCGGAACUCUCCCGAGAAAUUUUUUAUACGGUGAUCAGCAAUAAGAUGGUACUAACCAAAGACAUAUUGAAGGACCAAUAAUUUGACACGGUUAAUCAUCGAUCGAAUGGAUCCGCGGGGAAAAGCAUGGGUUCCUCUGGUGUGUCUUGCGGGAUGAUCACCCGAAACAUCAUGGCUAUAGUACGGGUAGGCGGCGGGAGACAUGACACUUCUAGGACCUAGCGUGAAAGGAAGCUAUAGUGGUAAGGUGAUAGAAAUCAUAGGCCAGGGAAGCUAUUUCCUCGGAGAAUGGAUUUGUGA